CCCUGCGGGCGCUGAUUGGAGGAGCGGGCCGGCGGCGCAGCUGCUGAUUGGCUGGCGGUGGGUGCCAGUCAGGGCCGUCUCCAUAGACAGGGGGAGAGUGCGAGGUUCCCAUGUAAAUGCAGAAGGGGAUUCAAUGCAGUUACAUCCCCUCAUCCGGCCGCCAAGACUUCCCUAUCCGCUGCUCACCAGAUCUUGGGCUACUUUACCCUCCGACCCAUUCUCUGUCCUCGGAGCGCAGAGCGGAGCCGACCCAAUGCUCAACAGAAAGCUCGGAUGCCAGGGCUUCGGGGGAUCCGUCGCGGCCAUGACCUCCUUCCCCCCACAGCGCUAUCAUUACUUCCUCGUGCUGGAUUUUGAGGCCACCUGCGACAAACCCCAGAUCCACCCUCAGGAAAUCAUUGAAUUCCCCAUUCUGAAGUUAAACGGCAGAACAAUGGAGAUCGAGUCGACGUUUCACACGUAUGUGCAGCCCGUGGUCCACCCCCAGCUCACUCCGUUCUGUACCGAGCUCACAGGAAUCAUCCAGGAGAUGGUGGAUGGGCAGCCGAAUCUCAGCCAGGUUCUGGAGAGAGUCGAUGAAUGGAUGGCCAAGGAGGGCCUCCUAGACCCCAGCGUCAAGUCCAUCUUCGUCACCUGCGGGGACUGGGACCUGAAACUUAUGUGAGUAGAAAGUGGUGUCCCCCUC